AACGGGAGUGGGUGUGUUAGUUACACGUCGUGUUACAUAAAACACGUAAUAACAAGAGAAGCAACGCGUUAUCUCCAUAAUAUUUUAGCACAAAAAAACGCAGCUGAAACGGUGAGAUAAUCAGCUGUAAACACCCCUCUCUCUCUUAUUUUGCGUUCGCAGUUUACAAAUAUAAAAAAAACAGCAAAACAUGACGUCAGAGCGCUCGGCAGUCAGCGCUACGCUAUAAAUACGUCUCGCCAUAGUCCGUGAAAUAUAUACAAAAUGUAAUGUGACUGUUAAAUAACAGCCACGCUGCCGCAAAGUGUCCUCUGCUUUAAGCUGGCUGCCAUUUCUUCCUCCCCUCGAAAAGAGGCGUGCGCGACUCACAUUUGCCCGUACGCUUCCGCAGAGGAGCUUGCGCUUUUUUCUUUUGAGGGGGAGGGGGAUUUACUGAAACGUACCCCCCGAUUACGAAGCAGCCGUGGCGGGGAUUCGCUUUAGCGUUUAAUGGGGGAAUGUUUUAGCUGGUGAUCCGCGCGAUAGAAAAAUAUAUAUUGUUUUUCGUGUGGGGGUUAUAAAGCGUUCAGCGCGCUAGCUGGCGCUCGGCGGAGGGAUACCGGACGCAGGCGGGACUGUGUGUGUGUGAGCGCAGCUGAAUGGAGGCAGCCUCUUCCUGGUGGAUAAACAGUGACAGCUACAGGGCAAGCCAACCUACAGACCCAGCUCUGCCUGCUGCCCAAACAACACCAAAAUGGCUUCAGACAGUACACACACCGCGCAGUUGACUUCUGAACUGUACUUCCUAAUAGCCCGGUUUCUACAAGCUGGACCGUGUCAAAAAGCAGCCCAGACCCUGAUAAGGGAGGUGGAGGAGAAGGAGCUGCUGCCCAGAAGGCUGGACUGGACCGGGCUGGAGCACCCGGGGACGUACGACAAUUUGGUGAAGCUCUACAGACACAUCAGUCCCGACCACCUGCUGCAGGUAUGCUCCAGAGUUUGUCCGCUGCUGGAGAGGGAGGUUCCCGCCAGCAUGCCUGGACUCACCAGCCUCCUGGGGGCUGGCAGACAGAACCUCCUCCGCACCAGCAAGAGCUGCAAACAUGUUGUGUGGAAGGGUUCAGCGUUGGCUGCGCUGCACUGUGGAAGACCCCCAGAGCCACCGAUUAUUUACGGGAGCCCACCCAAUAUUGUGGAGACGUGUUACAGUCGUCGGCUGAACGGCUCCUACCGUCUGCGGCAGCUGCUGCCCACAGCCGUGUACCAGCACAUGAAAAUGCACAAGAGGAUUCUGGGACAUCUGUCGUCGGUGUAUUGUGUAACCUUCGACCGGACGGGGCGGCGCAUCUUCACGGGCUCGGACGACUGCCUGGUGAAGAUCUGGGGAACAGACGACGGGCGUCUGCUGGCGACCCUGCGCGGCCACGCUGCCGAGAUUUCCGACAUGGCCGUCAGUUACGAGAACACCAUGAUCGCCGCCGGCUCCUGCGACAAGACCAUCAGAGUGUGGUGCUUGCAAACCUGCGCCCCCUUGGCCGUCCUGGARGGACACGCUGCCUCCAUCACCUCACUGCAG